UGCAGUCCUCUCGGCAAAAAUAAACCCUGGAGAGACGUCAGUGGAAAGAAAGUGUUAGGACUGAAACAAUAUGAGGCUGAGAAGUGGCCAUCGCUCCUUAAGUUUUAUCCUUGCAUGUUUUAUCAUUUGCUGUGUUUGGAGUGUCAAUGGAGACUACUGUGAGGUGAACUUGUGCCAUAAUGGCGGGACAUGUGUGACUGGCGUUGGAGAGGAAACUUUUGUCUGUAUCUGUGCUGAAGGAUUUGCAGGAGACACGUGUACUGUCAAAGAGAAUGGUCCAUGUAUUCCUAACCCAUGUAAAAACGAUGGCGAGUGCGAGGUGAUUGCUAAUACCAGACGGGGAGACGUUUUUAAUGGCUAUGUUUGCAAAUGCCAGCCUGGCUUUGAGGGCGUCAACUGCCAAAUAAAUGUAAAUGACUGUGAUAACCAGCCGUGUAAGAAUGGAGGCGUUUGUCGUGACCUGGACGGAGACUACACGUGCCAGUGCCCUUCUCCCUAUGUAGGGAAGCAAUGCCAUUUAAGCUGUAUCUCUUUGUUAGGAAUGGAGGAAGGGGGAAUUGUCCAGUCACAGAUCUCUGCCUCCUCGGUGGACUUUGGCAUUCUGGGAUUGCAGCGAUGGGGACCUGAACUCGCCCGACUCAACAACCAGGGUUUUGUUAAUGCUUGGAGUCCAGACCCCCAUGACAGGAACCCUUGGCUUGAGAUCGAUCUACAAAAUAAGAUGCGUCUCACGGGCAUCAUUACACAGGGAGCCAGUCGCAUGGGCACAGCUGAGUUCAUCAAGUCCUUCAAGUUGGCAUACAGAUUUGAGGGUAAAAUGUACAUGAUGUACAGAGCUGCUGGCCAGAGGAAAGACAAGGUGUUUAUUGGGAACACCGAUAAUGAUAGCACCAAGACGAACCUGUUCGAGCCCCCAAUUGUGGCUCAGUACAUUCGCAUCAUCCCUGUGGUGUGCCGCAAAGCAUGCACUCUGCGCCUGGAGCUGGUUGGCUGUGAACUAAACACCUACUCCAAUGCCGGAGGCUGCUCUGAGUCUCUGGGUAUGAAGUCUCGUCUUAUCUCAGACAACCAGCUGUCAGCGUCCAGUGCUUUCCGCACCUGGGGCAUAGAUGCGUUUACAUGGCUUCCACACUAUGCUCGCCUGGACAAGCUUGGCAAAACCAAUGCCUGGUCCCCAGCCAUCAACAACCGCACUGAGUGGCUGCAGCUGGACUUGGAGAAGCCUAAAAGAAUCACAGGCAUAAUCACUCAGGGAGCAAAAGACUUUGGCGUUGUGCAGUUUGUGUCUGCUUUUAAGAUUGCAUACAGCGAUGAUGGUCAGUCAUGGAGCAUUGUAAAAGAUGCAACCAACAGAGCAGAUAAGAUUUUCCAAGGCAACAUUGACAACAAUACACACAAAAAGAACUUGUUUGAGUCACCUUUCUUUGCCCGAUUUGUACGUUUCCUGCCUUGGGAGUGGCAUGAACGCAUAACUUUAAGGAUGGAGUUGCUGGGCUGUGAUGCUUAGAAAUCAUGAAAAGGAUCAUGGCAUGUUUUUCCCUGCACCUGACUGUAUUUUCAUCUUCAUAGAUCUAAGCAAUCAUGGUGUAUUAGUGGUUUGGCUAAAAAUAUAGAAUAAAGUGUACUGACUGUUUUGUCUGGAUGAUUUAGAAUUAAAAAAUCUUGAAUUGGUCUUGGUAUCAUUUUCUAAUAUGCCUAGAUUAAUACUUGCACUUCUGGUGAAUUUUUGUAUUGUAUUAUUCUGAAGUUUUUAAGAUUUAAAGAAUGCAUUCAACAUUAAUUCUUUAACUCUUCUUCCAAGUAUGCAGCCUAGUCCACAGUAAUCAGCCUGAUGUCCAUAGUACAGUUUAAAUUAUGAUUUUGGACAAAGACUGUCUGUAGUCAGGGAUUGUGCAAUAAGAUAACAGAAAGCAUAAAUACUAACAUAAAAGGAAUUGCUCUAGAAUUUGAGGCAAAUGACUAAGUAUGUAACUGAAUUUGUUGGUAAAUAUGAACGUGACCCUGUACUAAUUUAUACUCAUAUGUGUCUACAUGCAUUUUUUUAGUACAAUUUCUAGUCCACAUUUUGCUUUGUAUAUUCCGUAUCUACAGUUUCAACAACCAAAUUCAUACAGUGUAGAAAGGUUUUUUGUUUUUUUACUUUUUAUAAAAUGCACUGUAUGUUUCUCAUUAACUGCCAUUCUUAAUAAAUGAUUCAAGGAUU